AGUGAGCUAUUUAUGAGACUAUUCCUCAAGUUGAGCAUAGACAUUGUGUAAGACAUCUGUACAAUAAUUUCAAGAAAGUGCAGAAAGGUUUAUCAUUGAAGACAAGAGUCUGGAAAGCUGCUAGGGCAACUUAUGUAAGCAAGUAUUUAUAUGAAAUAAACAUGCUUGAAAAGGAGGACGAAGAAGCUAAAAAUUGGUUCAACGAUAAACUACCAAAAUUCUGGAGCAAGUCACAUUUUAGAACAACAACAAAGUGUGAUAUGCUUUUGAAUAAUCUUUGUGAGUCAUUCAAUGGGUUGAAACCAAUUUUAAAAGCGAGGGAGAAACCUAUACUUGGUUUGCUUGAAGGAAUUCAAAUAUACGUGAUGAAAAGAAUGAAUCAAAAGAGGGAGGUUGUACUCAAAUACAAAGGAACUUUAUGCCCUCGAAUACGGAAACUAGUAGAAGAAAAGAAAGAACAGGCAGCGACAUCAAUUCCUACUAGGGCUGGACAAUUGCUAUUUCAAGUACAAACUAUGUACGGUGAGCACUUUAGUCUUGACUUGAAUGGAAGAACCUGUUCUUGCAGGGUAUGGGACCUUACAGGAAUCCCAUGCUAGCAUGCAGUGUGAGCUGCAUCUUCCAUGUUAGAGGGAAUCCGGAAAAUUUCACAAAUGAUUGUUACAACAAGGCUACUCAAAUGAGAAUUUAUGAACCGGUGAUUGCUCCAAUGGAUAGACCUGAUAUGUGGGAACCAACUGGCCUACUUCCCGUUGAACCUCCUAAUUAUGAGCCGAAGAAAGGUAAAUUGGACAAAAAUAGAAGAAAAGAACCUGAUGAAAUUGAAGCCUCUAGAGAAAAGCAGUUGAGAUGAAAAAACAGAAAAUAGAAAGAAAGAAAAAACAGUCUGCAUCAAGUGAAACACAUGGUGUAACCAUAGAUGUUACCAAAUUGAGUAAGAAAGGAAAGUUAGGAAGGUGUAGCAAGUGUUUGUAAACUGGUCACAAUAAAACAACUUCAUUUCAUGCUACUCAAACAUCUCAAGAUUGGUCCAAAAAUGAUACAAAUCAAUUCUGUUCAAGUAAGAAAAUUCAUUUUGAGUCCACUUACUGGGUUGGCCAUACAAAUGAACCUUCCAAGUUCAACGUAAGUAUAGAACCUUAAAUAUUAGUGAUUUAAUGUAGUGAGAGGCAAUUAUAGUUGUUUGCGUUAUUUUUAUUUGCAGCCAAGAAGGACAAUUGAGUAAUUACUGAGUGAGCAUAAAUGGGAAGUUUGAAUUUUGAUACAGCCAAGUAUUCCCUGCUAUCUUAAAGAGGAGAAAAUAAUGGUGUCUCUUAUGCUUUGGUGGUGAAAGUUGAGUUCUAGCGGACUGGUUAUUCUCCUCCUCUUUACAUCUACAAUUGAAAAUACAAUCAGAUGCAGCAUGGAGAAACAUGUUGUCUUAGCUUGAUUAGAGUACAUUUAUGUGAUGUUUGAAUUUCAAGUCAAGUUCAAGAACAAUCUAAUGCUACUUUUUAUUUUUCCAUCAAUUGCCAAAUUUGUGUCUCAAGGCUGAACUCUUUUUAGCUUCAGCUUUGUUUCUGUUAGUUUAAAUCUAUAAGAAGUGUGUUGAAGUUUGUCUGAGAUUGUAUAUUUUUCAAUGGUUAGACUUGGUGGUUUAACAUUAGGAAGUUUUUAAGAUUCUUUAAGAUGUUCCUUGAUAGCCUCAUCUUUCAAGCAUCCCGAUAUGGUCAAGGAGGGCUACAGUAGUUAUCUCGGAUCUUGAACUGUAAGAAGUUCUGUUAUGUCCUUGUUAUUAUCUCUGAUGAUGGACGUCAAGCUAUUGAAAUGACAUUUCAUCUUUGUUUGCACCAACUGAAGCCCCAAAGUUUGUGCUUUCCUUACUGUAUCAAGAAAUUGUAGGUGAUGAAUGUUUAGACAAAUAAUGUAAGUUUUUGCAUAUUGAAAGGUUUGAAAGCAUCUUCUGAAGCCAAAGAAACCUGCUAUAACUGGUUUUGCAAAGUUGGUUCCA